AUGCACCGGAAGAGGAUAGGAAAUACCUCAGUGGGUCCAGAUGUUUGCCUGGGACGUCCGCUCCACGCCUUCCCACAGGCUACGCCCCCAGGCCCCGCCCCGUGCAGCCUCUACGGACCCUCCCAAGGCUCCGCCCCUCGUCUUUACGACUCGCCUUGUCCAGGCCGCGUCCGGCACACAGGCUCCGCCCAUGCCCCGCCCCUAAGUCAGGCCCUGCGUCGUCCAAGCCCCGCCCCGUACCACAGCUCCGCCCCCAAACCCCUCCCAGGACCGCCCCGCCCCGCCUCUCGCCCGCAGGCACCGCCCCACGAGCUCAGGCCGAGCCGCGUGUCUCCCGAGCGGCCGCGGACGUGGGCUCAGGCCUCGGGGUAG